AUGGGGUCAGCGUCAAGUAGUCUUGAUAGCAGCACGGCUGGGUAUCACAUCCUAAAGGCAUGCCACCUUAUUUUUGUUCAAGAGGGGUCACCAGGUCAGAAGGCCGGACUUGAGGCAUUUUUUGAUUUCAUAGUGUCCGUCGGUGAUAUAAGAUUGGACAAUGAAAGCAUCAAGGACGUGUUGGCGAAGUACAAGGACACGCCAAUGCAAUUGGAGGUGUAUUCCUCCAAAACACAGGAAUUUCGCGAGGUCACGCUGAUUCCCAGCUCUGAUUGGGGUGGUCAGGGUCUUCUAGGACUUAGCAUUCGUUACUGCUCCUUUAAGGGUGCUAGCGAAAAUGUCUGGCACGUGCUUGAUGUCUCCCCCGGCUCUCCUGCUGCCAUGGCUGGGCUACAACCCUUCUCGGACUACAUCAUUGGCACUGAUGCUCUCCUUACUGAUUCGGAGGACUUAUUCUCCGUGGUGGAGGCGCACAACGGCCAACCGCUACGGCUCUACGUCUACAACAGCACUACUGAUCAGUGUCGUGAGGUGAUGCUCAUUCCUAACCUUUCUUGGGGAGGUGAUGGCAUGCUUGGCUGCGAAAUUGGCUUUGGCUACCUCCACCGAAUUCCCCCACCACCAUCAUCGGCCCUUAAUGGCACUCACGCUCAUCCUCCCCUCAGUGCUGCUGCUACUGCUGCUUCGACUUCGGUUACUAUGCCAAAUAACGGACUGUCAGGUAACCAACCGCCGUAUCAGUCGUCACUGCCGUCACAGCAGCCGCCUCUCUGCAAUCCGACUUCUCCUCCACCCCCACCUUCUUCUCUUCCGCCGCCACUUCUGUCUCCGCAAUUUCCACCGACUGAAGUGACGAAUGGUUUACCAUCACAUCCGCCACCGGCGUACCCAUCGGUGGAAUCAAUAGGCGGAGUGGCACUGGCGCCACCAGCACCACUACCGAGCAAUUUGUUUGAGGGUAUCACUUUCACUCCACCCUCCACCCCACCCGCCCUUGUUCCGCUCGCGACCGAUCGACACGAGGCCCCGGUGGAACCACCACCGCUUUUCACGACAGCACCUCCAGUAUCGGUGGAGGCUCAACAACAGAUGGCACCGCCUCCGCCUCAGGCACCGCUGACCUCCAUAUUCGCUCCACCGCUUCAGCCACCUAUGCCACCACAGAUGCAGUCAUCUGGUCCGGCUACUGCGCCAGCUUUCUCAGUCCCGCUUAUUCCGACCACCAAUAUUGCCCCGCCGGGAAUGCCACCGAUUUCUGUGCAGAUGCCUCCCGCCGAUCUUUGUACUGACUGGUCAACCACUGGCACCCUAGGCUACGACAGGACGGAUGGUCUCCUUCACCUUGCCCUCCAACCCUCCGUCCCGUCCCCACCUUCGUCAAUUUUGUUCUUGACUGUCGGUUCGCGUUUCCCCUCCCCCCUUUCCCACCCUUAA